AUGAAAAGAAAUAAGACUGAAAACCAGUAUUCAUAUUCACUUACAUAGAUUCUCCAAAACUAACUAUAUACGCUUAUUGAACUUUGAUAAGAUCCAUACAUCAGUGCCAACUACUCCAAGAAAAACAAAAUUCAAGCCUCUAAUCCAAAAACAUCAAGAUGCUUAAAAUCAUCCCAUCUUGCUUAGUCAAUUAUUGGGUGAUAUACCAUUUAUUCAUACUCAUAUUAGACAAACACCAACUCUUCCAACUUCUAAUCAUUAUUAUUGUAAAAGCUCAAUAAAAACACAUACUCCUACUGGCUCUUAGAUUAUGCAAACAAAAAAAUUACAAUUAAAUCAUAAACCUUAAAGAUUUAUAGUUAAAUUGAAUAAAAAAAUACCAACUAUUCUUUCCAAAUAAUCCUAAAUGAUUUCAUCUUAAACUUAUCGUCCAAAUUAAACAAUUAAUAAGUUUCAUUCUUUAACAAUAGAUCCAAAAUAUUAAUUAAUAAAUGACAUCACUAAAAGUGAUUUCAAAUCUGAAAUCCUCUCUAAAUAAAAUCAACCUUAGUAACCAUUAGUUACUCAAUUUAAUAGUCCAAAUCAACUCUCUAAAUAUAGAGAUGGCACUGAAAUUGAUGAUUUUAAUGUAAAUAACAUAAGUAUACAAGAACAAACUCUAUGGAAGUAAAUAAAUAAGAGGAUUACUUAAUUUUCAAAAAUUCCCAUCUGAAAAUAUUCCAUUAAAACAUAAAUACAAAACAAUUAGAGCUUCUUUAAUUUAAUAUUUAAGACAUUUAGAAAAACUCAAAUUAACAACCAAAGAAUUUUUAUCACAUAAAGUGUUUCCAUCUAAACCUUUUGAACAUUCCUAAUCUAAACAUUUUUUUUAAUUGUGUAAAUAGGGUUAAGAUUAAUAGAUCAUUAAAUUACUUGAUGAUAAUAAAUAUUUAGUUUAUGAAUAUGAUCAUUUGCUUAUGACUACUUUACAUUGGUGUGCAAUGAGAGGUUUGGAAUCUACAGCCAAAAUCUUAUUAAAAUAUGGAGCAGAUCCAGAUUCUCAAGAUAUUGUUGGAAGAACUCCUUUGUAUCUUGCAUUGAUUCAUAAAUAAAAUAAUAUAGCUUACUUUUUAAUUUUGAACAAAGCAGAUCCUUGGAAUAAAAUGAAUCUUAAUUAUGAUGAAUCAGUAGUUGAGAAUCUAGAGGGUAAAACAAUGUUACAUUAAACUAGAAGGGUAAAUUGAUUAUAUUAAAAUAUAGACUCAUAUUUUACUUCGUAUGACUCCAGCAGAUUAGAGAUAAUUCAUUUGGUAAAAAGAAUAAUUAUAGAUGUAUGAACCUAAGAAAAAGAAGUUGGCUUCUAUAUAAUGA